GCUGAGAUACGGAAUGUCUUUGCUUUCCUUGAACUUUGGGAAACAACAUGCCUCAGUUGUAAAGCGGAAGUUCCCCUCGAGUUCCUGUGUGUACUGUAGUGUGGCUUUGAGGACUUAGGAAUAUCAUGGCGGAGGUAGAGGAAACCCAGAAGAAGAAGAGGACCUUCCGGAAAUUUACUUUCCGUGGGGUGGAUCUAGAUCAGUUGUUGGACAUGACUAUGGAUCAGCUUAUGGAGCUUUUCCAUGCUAGAGCUCGGCGUAGGUUUUCAAGAGGUCUGAAGCGCAAACCUUUAGCUCUUGUCAAUAAGCUUCGUAAAGCCAAGAAAGAAGCACCACCAAACGAAAAGCCCGAAAUUGUCAAGACACAUCUUCGUAAUAUGAUAAUUGUGCCAGAGAUGGUAGGAAGUAUUGUUGGAGUUUACAAUGGAAAGACCUUCAACCAAGUGGAGGUGAAGCCUGAAAUGAUUGGACACUACCUUGGUGAAUUCAGUGUCACAUACAAACCAGUUAAACAUGGACGUCCUGGAAUUGGUGCCACUCACAGUUCAAGAUUCAUUCCUCUUAAGUAAAUAAAAGUUGUAAAUAAAAGGAAUAAAGUAUGUUUUUGAGUU